AAUACACAGACGAUAACGCUCUGAUUCCGAAGAACUCCUCGGUGAUUGUGAGACGAAUCCCGAUUGGAGGAGUUAAAGCCACCAGCAAAACAUACGUUAUAAGCCGAACUGAGCCAGUGGGUGGAACAUCAAAAGCAAUUGAUGACUCUUCUGCAUCUAUUUCUCUGGCCCAGCUUACUAAGACUGCCAAUCUGGCUGAAGCCAAUGCUUCCGAAGAAGAUAAAAUUAAAGCUAUGAUGACACAGUCUGGCCAUGAAUAUGAUCCAGUCAAUUACAUGAAGAAACCCUCGGGUCCACCUCCACCUUCAUAUACUUGUUUUCGCUGUGGAAAACCUGGCCACUAUAUAAAGAACUGCCCAACAAAUGGGGACAAAAAUUUCGAGUCUGUUCCCAGAAUUAAAAAGAGCACAGGAAUUCCAAGGAGUUUCAUGAUGGAGGUGAAAGAUCCCAAUACAAAGGGUGCUAUGCUGACAAACACUGGAAAAUACGCGAUCCCAACGAUCGAUGCGGAAGCUUAUGCUAUAGGGAAGAAGGAGAAGCCUCCCUUUUUACCAGAGGAACCGUCCUCAUCUUCAGAAGAAGAUGAUCCUAUUCCAGAUGAGCUGUUGUGUCUCAUUUGUAAAGAUAUAAUGACCGAUGCAGUUGUUAUUCCCUGCUGUGGAAACAGUUACUGUGAUGAAUGUAUUAGAACAGCAUUGCUGGAAUCUGAGGAACAUACCUGCCCAACGUGUCAUCAGACAGAUGUCUCUCCAGAUGCUUUAAUUGCCAACAAGUUCCUGCGCCAGGCUGUGAACAACUUCAAAAAUGAAACUGGCUACACAAAAAGGCUCCGUAAGCAGGGUCAGCAGCAGCAACAACCGCCACACCCAAAACCCCCCCCACCGCCACCACCCCGGAUGAGACAAACCAUAACACGCAACCUGCAGCCGCUGCUCCGGCCCACGAUCUCCAGGCAGCAGGACCCCCUCAUGAUCCCUCUGGCUUCUCUGGCUUCUCGCUCAGCUGCUGCUCUGUCGUCGCUGGGCCCCGGUCAGGCAGCCGGGCUGCCAGUAAAUCCGUCCUCUGUUCUUGUCUCUGAUCUCCCUCCAGCAGUGUCCCUUCUCCGUGGUGAAAAGCCAGAUGGACCUUUUCGUGAUGCUGAUACUGUUUUACCUCCCGCUGCUUUGGUGACUGCCGCUGAAUUUUCUAAAUCUUCCCCGCUGGCAAUCAGCAGUUUGUUGGAAGAGAAGGGCUAUCAGGUCCCUGUGCUGAGACAGCCAGCAUUACCAAGUCUUCUGGGCCCACAAGGACAAUCAAUACCCACAACUGGUCAUCCAAUGAGAGCUGGUGCCAUUCGCUCAGCAGGUGGCAGACCAGGCUGGGAACUUUCAAAUCGAGGACGCCUGCACAGUGAACGUUCCCAAAGGACUCAGGCCCCAGCACUACCAGCAUCUUCACAAGUCUUUGUGCCUGUGCCUCCACCUCCCUUGUACCCUCCACCACCCCACGCACUUCCUCUUCCACCCGGGGUACCACCACCACAGUUUCCUCCUCAGUUUCCACCUGGUCAGCCUCCAUCUGCUGGGUACACUGUCCCCCCUCCAGGAUAUCCCCCAGCUCCUGCAAACAUGUCAUCAGCUUGGGUACCAGCAGCAGUACCAGCGGGUCACUCAAAUACCAUCCCAACGACACAAGCACCUCCUCUAUCUAGGGAGGAGUUUUACAGAGAGCAGCGGAGACUUAAAGAGGAGGAAAAGAAAAAGUCCAAACUUGAUGAGUUUACAAAUGAUUUUGCUAAGGAAUUGAUGGAAUAUAAAAAGAUUCAAAAGGAGCGUAGGCGUUCGUUUUCCAGGUCCAAGUCUCCCUAUAGUGCUUCAUCUUACUCCAGAAGUUCCUAUACCUACUCCAAGUCACGGUCGGGCUCCUCCCGCUCGCGCUCCUACUCGCGGUCCUUCAGCCGGUCCCACUCCCGCUCCUACUCCCGGUCACCACCCUACCCCCGGCGGGGCAAGGGGAAGAGCCGCAACUACCGCUCUCGGUCACGGUCACACGGUUACCACCGCUCCAGGUCCAGGUCACCCCCAUACAGGAGAUACCACUCACGGUCAAGGUCGCCGGUGUUUAGAGGUCAGUCUCCCACUAAACGGACUAUCCCUCAAGGGGAAGGAGAAAGGGAAUAUUUUAACAGAUACAGAGAAGUUCCCCCAUACGAUAUGAAAGCUUACUAUGGCAGAUCUGUUGACUUUAGAGAUCCGUUUGAAAAGGAGAGAUACAGAGAAUGGGAAAGGAAUUAUAGAGAGUGGUACGAAAAGUUUUACAAGGGCUAUGCUGUUGGUGCUCAGCCUCGGCCUCCAGUAAACAGAGAGAACUUUUCUCCAGAUAGGUUUGGUCCACCUGGAACCAGACGAGAGACUUCGCCGUAUGCUCGGGGACGUAGGGAGGAUUAUCCUGGUGGACAGAGUCACAGAAACCGUAAUAUAGCUGGAAAUUACCCUGAAAAACCUUCUGGAAGAGAGAGCCAUGGCAUCAAAGAUCCUACAAAAUCAAAAGAGAAGGAGGUGGAAAAUCCCCUGGGAGACGGCAAAGGAAAUAAACACAAAAAACACCGGAAGAGAAGGAAAGGGGAUGAGAAUGAGGCGUUUCCCACUGCAGAGUUGUUAGAAGGUGCGAGAAAACCAAGAGAGGCAGUUACAACAGAGGACGUUAAAACGGACUCUCUGUUCAUGCUCCCAAGCAGAGAUGAUGCCACCCCUGUGAGAGAUGAGCCUAUGGAGGCAGAUUCUAUUGCUUUCAAGCCAGUAUCUGAAAAGGAGAAAAAAGAGAAGGAUAAGCCAAAAGCAAAAACGGAUAAGACGAAGCGGAAAGCGGAAGCGGCUGCUCCUCCCAAGAAGGAGACUGUGACCAAGUCAGCGAAAGCUUCCCAGGAGAAGGUGGACACCGACCGCGAGAAAUCCCCUCGAGCAGAGCCUCCUGCCAAAAAAGUGAAGGAGGAGUUGCCAAAGACAGACAGUGUUAAGACAUCUUCCUCUCAAAAGGAUGAGAAGGCUCUUGGCACCCCGCGGAAAGUUCACCCAAAAGUGACGAAAGAUCACCCAGAAACCAGGCCAGCCAAGGAGGAAAAGGCAAAGAAAGACCAUCCAAAAGAAACCAAGUCAGAGAAGCCCUCCAACAAAGAGGAGAAGUCAAAAAAACCUACUGAAAAAAGCAAACCUUCUGAUGCAAAACCUGAGAAAAGAAAAAGGAAAGCAGAUGAAAAGGCUGAUAAAGAGCAUGACACCACGUCCGUCAAGGUCUCUAAACCAGACGCUGCUGAAUCGAAAACAUCACCGAAGGGGAAGGCCGAGCCCGACGGGGAGAAAGGAGAGCGGACUCCAGAGAAGGACAAGUCUGCCUUUAACAACCCUGCCAAAAAGAUUAAACUUAACCGAGAAACUGGCAAAAAGAUUGUGAGUGGAGAAAAUGUGCCACCUGGGAAAGAGCCUGCGGAGAAACCGGAGCCGAGCAGCAGCAAAGUUAAACAAGAAAAAGCCAAGGGAAAAGCGAGAAGAAAAGUGACAGCAGCUGAUGGAUCCAGUUCCACUCUGGUAGAUUACGCCAGCACCAGCUCCACUGGAGGCAGCCCUGUUAGAAAGACUGAAGAUAAGCCAGACACAAAACGAACUGUCAUUAAGACCAUGGAGGAGUACAAUAACGAUAUAACAGCCCCUGCUGAAGAUGUCAUUAUCAUGAUCCAGGUCCCUCAGUCAAAGUGGGACAAAGAUGACUUUGAGUCGGAAGAGGAAGACGUUAAGACUACGCAGGUGCCCACAAGCAUAGGAAAACCUGCUAGUGUUAUAAAGAAUGUCAGUGGUAAGCUACCAAACCCCAUAAAACACAGCGAAAAAGAGACAGAGCCCUUGGAGAAAACACAGAAAACUACAAAAGAGGUGAGUUACGAAAGCUCCCAGCAUGAUGCAAAAAGUUCAAAAAGUUCUGUGUCGAAUGAAAAAGGAAAAACCAAAGACCGGGAUCAUUCUUUGUCAGACAAGGACACUUCUGAGAAGAGAAAGAGCAGUGUUCAGCCAGAAAAAGACCACUCGGAGCGUGCAGCUGAACAAGGAAACGGAAAAAAUGCUUCUCAAUCUUCCAAAGACAGCAGAUCUUCAGAGAAGCAUGACACUGGCCGUGGAUCGACAGCGAAAGACUUCACUCCUAACAGAGACAAAAAAUCCGACCACGACAGCAGCAGAGAUCAUUCUAGUUCCAAGCGUAGGGAGGAAAAGAGUGAGCUAGCAAGGAGAAAAGACUCCCCCUCCCGAACCAGAGACUCGGCAGCAGUGCAGAAGAGUAAGCCCAGAGAGGAGCGGGCAGAGGCGCCCAAAAAGGGCGCUGGAGAUGCCAAAAGGAGCAGCUACAGUCCCCCGCGCGAGCGCAAGCAGCCCGACCACAAAGCUGCCCACGACUCCAAGCGCACGGCGGAGGAGCACAAACCUCCAGAGAAAAAUCCAGGAAAGGAGAAAGAGAAACACGUGCCAGAAGUAAAGAGCAAUAAAGAGAAAGAGCCCACUGGUAAUAAACCGGCUUUGAAACUGGACUCGCCGGAGGUGAAAAAUGAGAAAGAGAAGGAGAAGGAAAAAGAGAAGGAUAAAAGCGUGGCCAAGCCCAAGCCUCCGGUGAGCAGCUCCUCACGGCUCUCCUCCGACCUCACCAGGGAGACUGACGAGGCCGCGUUUGUGCCAGACUACAACGAAAGCGACAGCGAGAGCAACGUGUCGGCCAAGGAGGAGGAGGCGGCGGGGAAGGCCCCCAAGGAGCCCAAGGAGAAGGCUGCAGAGAAGGCCAAGGAGGAGCCGAGCCAGACCCGCAGCCACAGCAGCAGUGCCAGCUCGGGGGAGAGUCAGGACAGCAAGAAAAAGAAAAAGAAGAAGGAGAAGAAGAAGCACAAGAAGCAUAAGAAACACAAGAAGCAUAAGAAACACAUGGGAAACGAAACGGAAUUGGAGAAGAGCCAAAAACACAAACACAAGAAGAAAAAAUCGAAGAAGAGCAAAGAUAAAGAGAAAGAUGACCAAAAAGUGAAAUCUGUCACCACAUAGAAUGACAGAUAAUGAAAAAAAAAAAAUGACUUAAUUCCUAAGUCAUCUGUAUUAAAUUUUGUUAAAAUGUAAACGAAUUCAAGCGUUGUAAAUAAUGACAUGAAAGACCCUGUGCUGCACUUAAAAUAUUGCUGCUUGAUUAUUUGAUUUUUACAUCAGAGCUUUAUAAAAGUGAACAUUUUGUACAGAAUUGUGAGUUGUGACCAUGUAACAUGAAAGGUUUUGCUGGGGCAUCUUAUUUUUAACCACCGUUAAUUAGUUUGGGUGGAGUUUACUGUACUGUGAAGAUUUUCACAUUUGAGUUUUUUUUAAUUGCCUGGCAGAAGAAGCUGGUAUCAGUUAUAAAAUACCAGCAGAAUGAUUUGCAGAAUACAUUACAGCCCUGUUAUGUCACUUUUUGAUUACAAUAAAAACUUUUCAGUAAACU